AUGCUAUCCAAACGAACUCACGCCCAGCAACAGCAGAGAAUUAACAGGGAGAGGGUCUCAGAAGCCAUGGUGUUCGACAACACCCAGCAAUACAAACAGAUGGAAAUGAAGAACACGAUGAUGCAAAUUGAUGAGAGAGCCGUUCAGCGCCGAAACUGGAGGGAGAAAAUGAUGGAGGUUGAUGAAGCUGAGAAAAGAGAUGCGUAUUUCAAGCAUCAAGAAAGUGAGAGGUUGCGUAGAGAACGACAGGAAGAAGAAGAAAGGAUGGAAGAAGAAGCAAAAAGAAUGAAUGAGGAAAAAAUUAGAAAUGAAAAAAUAAGGCAAAAAAUCGUCAGCAACAACGAAGAGCUGAAAAAAUUAGAGAGACAAAUACAGGCAGCGUACGCCAUGAAAUCCAUGCAAGAACAGAUGAAAAAACAUGGCGUCAGCAAGCAACAGGAAGUAGCCAAAGAUAUCGAAUACGCAAAAAUUCUUGAAGAACAAAAUAAAAAAACAAACGAAAAAAUGAUGGAGGAUGAAAGGAUGAAAUUAAUGGCGUCUGAAAGUUACAAAAAGGAUUUACAACUGCAGAAGCAGACGAGCGAGUUGCUGAAACAAGAAAUGAGGAACAAGAUGAUGGAUUGGGAUAAACAUCUUGUAGAUGAAGAAGUGAGGAAGAUAAAGGAAGAAGAUGAAACGUCUGCCCAACUAGCUCGAGAGAGACGAGAAAACUAUCGCAAGGCUAUUGAAGAAGAUGAAAUGACGACGGCGAAGAUGAAGAUGAUGAUGAAGAUGAAGACGAUGAUGGAAGAGGAGAGGAUUGAGAGAUAUGAAAAGGAAAAGAUGUUGGAAGAAGAGAGAAGGAGGAAUGUGAGAGUUGAACAAAAUGUUGCGAAAGAAAGAGUAAAGAACGAGUUGGCAGCCAGAUUGAAGGAAGAACAAGAACAGCGCGAUGAAUUAGAACAGGCUCGUCUACUUCUCAGUCAAGAGGAAUUAGAACAAAGACACAAAAUAAACGAACAGGAAAAGGAAAUUAAGAGAUUGAGAGAGAGAGAAGAGUUGCAACGAGUGCGAGAAGAGAUGAUGAUGAUGAGAGAGCGGAUGAGGAGGAGAGAUAAGGAGGAAGAGGAACUCUUCAAAAAGGAGAUGAUGUUGAAGUUUGCGGAAGGCGACAGACUGGAGCAGAUGAACGCGCAAAAGCAGAGAUUGAAGAGGCUGGAACACCAGAGACAGAUUGAGAUGAUGCUGGAAGAUAAGCGCAAACAUCAAGAGAUGCUGAGGGAGCAAGAGUUGAAAGCGUUGGAAAAUGAAGAGAGAAUAAAAGCGAUUGAGAAGCUGAUAGUUGAGGAGGAGAGGAAGAAGUUGUUGAAACUGCACGCGCCCAAUCUCAUCGGCUAUCUGCCCAAAGGUGUGAUCAGAGAUGAGAACGAUCUUCAGAUGCUAGGUCCAGAUUUCAUCGAUUCUUAUCAAACAAUUUACGCUUAA